AUGUCUGACAGUGAGAACGACGAUCACUACCUCCGGAGAAACCUUCCACCGGAAAUCAUCGCCGACGUACUCUCUCGACUGCCGGUGAAGCCACUGUGCAGAUUCAAGUGCGUCUCUCCCUCAUGGAAUUCCCUAAUCUCUUCCCCCAACUUCGCCCAAACCCACUUCAAUCGAACCCACACCGGUAACCCUGACAGACACCUCCUCCGCAACAUCAUUCUCCAGUCCACCAACGGCCAAGACCUCUACAUCGUCGAUCUCACCGCCAACGUUCCGUUUGCCGCAAAGCUCGAUCUCCCUUCGCUCCAGCCCCCAGAGGACAAGCGGGUCGAUGUACUGGGCUCUUGCGAUGGCUUGCUCCUGUUUUUCCAUACGGGUAGAUCCAACUUCUUCUUGGUAAAUCCAUCCACUCGAGAAUGCAAGAAACUUCCCAGUUUGCCUUUUGUACUCAAUCCUGGUCAUGGGUUCUACUCGUGUCUUUACGGUGUGGGUUACGAUUCGUCUACGGAUGAUUACAAGGUUGUAAUUCUCUCUUACUAUGAUGAGUCUGAAUCUUAUCCUCUGAGUGAUACGAUGAUUGUUACUGUCUAUUCAUUAAAAACUAACGCUUGGAGGAGAAUUCAGGACAACCAGUAUAUUAUCCAUGAGGGAAUUACUUUUGGGUUGUACUUUAAUGGUUGUCUUCACGGGUUUUUUUGGAGGGAUGGUUCCUAUUUGGUACUUGCUUUUGAUUUGGCGGAUGAGAUUUUCAGGGAAGUGCCGUUGCCUGCCUCGUGGGUUAAUAAUGAGACUAGGACAUAUGAGUUGGCGGUUGUUUGGGGUUGUCUAUGUUUGGUUUCUAUACAGAGAGGUAGCCGCCAAAUUGAAGUUUGGACGAUGAAGGACUACGGGGUUAGAGCGUCGUGGACCAAAACUAUGAUCGAAAUUAUGACUGAGAUAGAUGGUAUGUGUCUACUCGUUUUGUUGGGUUUGUUAGCGGAAAACGAAUUUCUGAUAACAAAGGUAAAGAUACUACCUGGGGUUGCCGAAGAAAAAUUAGUUGUGUACAAUCACCAAACAGGAACGUUGAGGGACAUUGUGGUUCCAGCUAUUCUGACUAAAUUUAGUUUUUUGGGAAACUAUGUCGAGAGCCUUCUGCCUUGUCUCUGCUAAUCAAUGUAAUCAUGUACUAGGGAUUGGGAAGCAAGGAUAAGUUUCUUCAGCACUCUGAAAAUCUGCAUGCCAGGCUUAAACAAACCUAAAUGGAUUUGGAAGCACUUCAUCAAUAUGUCGCUGGUAUCCGAUCACAGUCACAAUUAGAGGAAAUUUACAUGCGUUACUGGAGGUGGAGAUGAGUGGUAGGUUGAAACAGGCUGGAUAUCAACCACGGACAUCCUUAAUGUUGCAUACUUUUGAUGCGCUAGAGAAAAAGGUAUGAGUUCAAGCUAACAAGACCUUGGCAUUCACCGUUUGCCUUUUCUUAGCACAGCUCCAGUAUUCUCUAUUCAGAUAGCUGAGAAGUUUUGGGUAUACGAUGACUGUCCUGUAUCCAUUGCGCUUGGACCAAGGAUCAGCAGAUGUGAGAUCAUCAAUAGAGACAGGACUUGAUUUCAUCAUUUACCGUUAGGUCCUUGACUUGUAUUUGCAUUUGCCUCCCAACAUUCUGAUUUUAUCGAUGGCAGCCUCAGCCUCAUGUAAUGAAGCAGCAUUCCGGUAAGUGCCAUACAGAACAUUCUUUGAGUAAAACUUCAUGCUUGAGUGAACCGUUCCAUGAUGUAUGACUAUCUAUUUGCCUGAAGAUAUACUUCUGUGGCCUGAAUACCUAUAUCGCAUCGUGACCAUCGUCAAUAUCCAGGGUAUGAAAGCUUAUAUCUGGUUUUUGGAUUCCGCCUAGUCCUUACUUAUAUAGUGUGAUUUGGAUUGCUGCAAGCAAUUCUGAAAAGGCAAUUCUUUUGUGCAUGGGAGCUACAGGACCUAGAAUCUCCAGUUGCUAAAUUAUCUAUCGUAAGCCAAGAGGAUACAUUCGGAUUCUAAUUUCGCACAUUUGCCCUUGACCAUAAGCAUCAAAUUUGUUUAUUGAACGGAACUAAUGGCAAAUUUGAUAUCUGGUAGAUGUAGUACUGUAAAAAUUUGCAGUACUUAGGAGAGCAGUGCAUCUAUGGUUUUACUAGUACCUCCCCAAAGAUCUUAGAUCUCUGUAUUCCAAAUACGAAGAAUUCGAAGACAAUAUCUUUGUUCUCUUCUUAAUUCAAUACCUGUAAAUUAAAACUUCAACAUGUGUUUUCCAGCACAAACACUGUGGAAACUCCUCUCAAAAGAAACGACUACUAACUACAUAAACUUCUUCGAUGGCACGAAGAAUGUAAACAUUGCCGAACUAUCUAUAUGAAAAUGGAAGGAUCUACACUUUAUUGUCUUCUCUGGUUCUAGUUGUUCUUCUCGUGUUAGUUUCUUUCAAAAAUCCUCCCCCUGUCAGAUGUGGAGGCUUGUCCUGUCCAGAUGAAAGGUCUAGAGUGCCCAUCGAUUGGAGAUGAUUUCUAGAAACUUGAUGCAUUCCAAGGUUACUACCGGAUACUGGUCCGUGUUGCCAAACAUGGUUAACACUUGUACUGUUUUUUGGAAGCUCAGUAACCACAAAUAUAAUCAUCUCGUUGUCGAAAUAUGAGGCCGACAGAUCUGAGACAGGAAAACUCAAGUUCCCCUCUCGUAGUUGGGUUCCAUAGCGGCUAAUAGGCGAAGUGAAGACAACCACGGUUCCAUCAGGCUUUAGGUAGGCUACGAUGGCCUGAGUUCCAAUCAUCCCUAUGGAAAUAGGAUUGAUUCCCCAUGCCACCCAUGUAGAUGAACUGACUUGGGUGUGGCGGUACGCUAUGUGGAGAGUGGAUGAGGAAGCGUUGUGCGUCCAGUGGAGGAACGAAUCUAGAUAGGGAAGAACGGUGCAGGAGGCGAAGACUUUGUCGUUUGGGAACACGAAGUCGGAACACGAUGAACCUUGAGCAGAUGUGGAGGCUUGUCCAGAUGAUAGGUCUAGAGCGCCCAUCGAUUGGAGAUGAUUUCUAGCAACUUGAUGCAUUCCAAGGUUACUACCGAAGACUGGUCCGUGUUGCCAAACAUGGUUAACACUUGUAGUGUUUUCUGGAAGCUCAAUAACCACAAAUAUAAUCAUCUCUUUGUGGAAAUAUGAGGCCGACAGAUCUGAGACAGGAAAACUCAAGUUCCCCUCUCGCAGCUGGAUUUCAUAGCGGCUAAUAGGCGAAGUGAAGACAACCACGGUUCCAUCAGGUUUUGGGUAGGCCACUAUGGCCUGCGUUCCAAUCAUCCCUAUGGAAAUAGGAUUAAUUCCCCAUGCCACCCACGUAGAUGAACUGACUUGGGUGUGGCGGUAAGCUAUGUGGAGAGUGGAUGAGGAAGCGUUGUGCGUCCAGUGGAGGAACGAAUCUAGAUAGGGAAGAACGGUGCAGGAGGCAAAGACUUGGUCGUUUGGGAACACAAAGUCGGAACACGAUGAAACUUGAGCAGAUGUGGAGGCUUGUCCAGAUGAAAGGUCUAGAGCGCCCAUCGAUUGGAGAUGAUUUCUAGAAACUUGAUGCAUUCCAAGGUUACUACCGAAGACUGGUCCAUGUUGCCAAACAUGGUUAACACUUGUAGUGUUUUCUGGAAGCUCAAUCACCACAAAUAUAAUCAUCUCGUUGUUGAAAUAUGAGGCUGACAGAUCUGAGACAGGAAAACUCAAGUUCCCCUCUCGCAGCUGGAUUUCAUAGCGGCUAAUAGGCGAAGUGAAGACAACCACGGUUCCAUCAGGUUUUGGGUAGGCUACGAUGGCCUGCGUUCCAAUCAUCCCUAUGGAAAUAGGAUUGAUUCCCCAUGCCACCCACGUAGAUGAACUGACUUGGGUGUGGCGGUACGCUAUGUGGAGAGUGGAUGAGGAAGGGUUGUGCGUCCAGUGGAGGAACGAAUCUAGACAGGGAAGAACGAUGCAGGAGGCGAAGACUUUGUCAUUCGGGAACACGUAGUCGGAACACGAUGAACCGUGAGCGGAGGUGGUAGAGAGAGCGAGAGACAGAACCAAGAAACAAGUGAUCACCGGGAGGCAAAAAAGAAACACCAGUUUCUGUCUUGCCAUUGAUGAUUGCCUUACCAAUUAAGAAACAGUGAAAGUAGAGGGGAAGCAAUGAAUGAAUGAUACCAAGGGAAGUAGAGGGGAGAGCGUGAGUUUAUUUUGCAUGAGUUAAACUCCAGGCAUUGCCUCUCCUCAUGUAUUUCUUGCUCUUGCUCCCUGCUGAUUGGGCGCACACCAUAUCCCUGUUGUCGGAAGGGUUCGGUGCCAACCUCGUUGGAUGUUUCUCUUCCGUUGUGAUGUCAUUUUUCCUUUUGGCUCCUUUUAAUCAUUGUAACCCGUUACAUGCGAUUAAUAAAAUUUUAUUUCUUUUCCAUAAUUUA